CAAUAUAGAAAGAAUGAGGGUUUUUUUAAGAUAUGUGGGUGAUCCAGGAUUUCAAAUUGGCAUAGGAGAAGAUAUUGGUGUCCAUCAAUCUACGGUACCGUUACCAACGUUAUAACAUGCAGUGUGCAGAAGUCGAAUAUGAAGAUUUUGCUGUUGAUAUACCGGGAGAUGGCGAACAAGAAGAAAUCCAUAAUGGAGUGAUACGUCAGAGAGGUCAAUUUAGAAGAGAUGCAAUGUCAAGAAUUAUUCAUGGCUUUCGGGUCUAAAUGAAUGGUCUUCAGAAUAGCUUGACAUCAUGUAAAUGAACAAAUAAUAAUCGACCUAAACACCACCGACACAAACGUUUACCGGUAUACAGUAGUAGCU